AUGUGGCUAUGGCGCUAUGUGGCUAUGGCGCUAUGUGGCUAUGGCGCUAUGUGGCUAUGGCGCUAUGUGGCUAUGGCGCUAUGUGGCUGUCGUUAUGUGUCUAUGGCGCUAUGUGGCUAUGUGGCUGUGUCGUUAUGUGGCUAUGUCGUUAUGUGGCUAUGGCGCUAUGUGUCUAUGGCGCUAUGUGUCUAUGGCGCUAUGUGGCUAUGGCGCUAUGUGGCUAUGUGGCUGUGUCGUUAUGUGGCUAUGGCGCUAUGUGGCUAUGGCGCUAUGUGGCUAUGGCGCUAUGUGGCUAUGGCGCUAUGUGGCUAUGUGGCUGUGUCGUUAUGUGGCUAUGGCGCUAUGUGGCUAUGGCGCUAUGUGGCUAUGGCGCUAUGUGGCUAUGGCGCUAUGUGGCUAUGGCGCUAUGUGGCUAUGUGGCUGUGUCGUUAUGUGGCUAUGUCUUUAUGUGUCUAUGGCGCUAUGUGUCUAUGGCGCUAUGUGGCUAUGGCGCUAUGUGGCUAUGUGGCUGUGUCGUUAUGUGGCUAUGGCGCUAUGUGGCUAUGGCGCUAUGUGGCUAUGGCGCUAUGUGGCUAUGGCGCUAUGUGGCUAUGGCGCUAUGUGGCUAUGGCGCUAUGUGGCUAUGGCGCUAUGUGGCUAUGGCGCUAUGUGGCUAUGGCGUUAUGUGGCUAUGGCGCUAUGUGGCUAUGGCGCUAUGCGGCAAUGUGGCUAUAUGGCUAUACUGCUAUGAGGCUAAGCCGCUAUGUGGUUAUAUGA